AUGGAACUUGUUGGGUCAAAUAAUGACCUCAACACUGGAAGGGCUGAGCCUUCAGGUCUCGACAGCCAUGCUACGGGCCACAGAGAAGACGACAGAGCCAACAGCAAAGAGAAAGAAAGCCGUAUAGAUCAGAAUCUUUUGUCCGAGGAUGUCAGGGACAGUAGUGUAUAUUGGCUUAACAGGGACAACAGCGAGGGUGAAAGAGAUGCUGGCCCAGAAUGGGGUAAGAGUGGUACCAGAAAGUUUACUGGUAAUGGUCUAGGAGGACACGACAAGACUAGACUAUCUCACGACUGUUGA